UGCGUGCACUGUGCUGACGAGCAGUUGCUUGUGGAAACAGCUGGUGGUUUCUGUCAGAGAACACUUCGGGUUGAGAGCAGCUUUAGCAGGAAUUAAAGUUCAAAUUAGACUCGAAACUAACUGAAUGCGCUUUGGUUUGAAUCUCUGCUGCUGUUCCACCAGACGCCGGGAAAUGUCAUCCUGUCAACGCCACUUUAUCGGGCAGUUGUUAAUUAACGACCUAGCUUGUUAGCGGUGGACCGCUGACGCUCGACGCAGCUGGUCUGCUAACAGCAGAUAGCUAGCUAACUUUGAGCCAUAGGAAGUACCACGAUACAGGGUUUCUGUCAUCGCAGAGAAACUGUCAGCUGUCGGGUUUCUGACGGCGUUUUUGCUUGAUUUCAGCAUGACUCAUGUUCAUUAUAAAUUCUCCUCCAAACUCAGCUACGACACGGUGGUUUUUGACGGCCCGCACAUCACGCUGAGGGAUCUGAAGAGGCAGAUCAUGGGCAGGGAGAAGCUCAGAGCCGGGGACUGCGACCUGCAGAUCACAAACGCACAGACCAAAGAAGAGUACACAGAUGAUGAAGGCCUGAUCCCCAAAGGCUCCUCUGUCAUCGUAAGGAGAAUUCCCAUCGUCGGAGGAAAGUCUGGCUCGAGCAGCAAGAUCCGCAACAUUGAGCGAUCAGAUGUCCACCUUCACCACGCCCUUGGAGCCGUCAAAGCAAUGGAUGACCAGCGUUCUUCCAGAGUCAUGCCCUUUUUCUCCAAGAUGGCUAACCUGGCUGAUGCGGAUGUGUCAGAGGAGGAUAAAAUCAGAGUUAUGAUAAAUCAGUCCACAUAUGACUCCAUGAAUUAUAACAAGAAGUUUGGUACUGUUCUUCCUGCCAACUACACCUGUUAUCGCUGUGGAAAUACUGGACACCACAUCAGGAACUGUCCCACGAGCGGGCAGGAUAAAAAUUUCGAGGCCCCUCUGAGAAUAAAGAAGAGUACGGGCAUCCCACGUUCCUUCAUGGUAGAGGUAGAUGAUCCCAGCAUAAAGGGAGCCAUGCUGACCAACUGCGGACGUUACGCGAUUCCUGCCAUAGAUGCUCAGGCGUAUGCCAUAGGCAAGAAGGAGAAGCCUCCGUUCAUUCCACAGGACCAGCCCAAGUCAGAAGGCGAGGAGGAUCCUGUACCUGAAGAACUCCUCUGUGUGAUCUGUCACGACCUGCUGAGUGACGCUGUGGUUAUACCCUGCUGUGGAAACAGCUACUGUGACGACUGUAUUCGCACCGCCUUACUGGACUCAGAGGAACACAUCUGCCCCACUUGUAGCCAAUCAGAUGUCUCCCCUGAUACCCUGUCAGCCAAUAAAUUUCUCAGACAGGCUGUGAACACCUUUAAGAAAGAGCGAGGUUUCACUAAAAGUCUGGUAAAAGGGUGCGGUAUCUCCCAAUCCCAAAAUCCAGCCCCGACGCCAAGCCCUGUCCCCACCCUGCCCCCUCUCACCAUGCAGAGCCAGCCUCAGAAGCCUUACCAGUCAACCCACAGCCAGCAGGACCCUCUCCUGCCCUUCUCACAGGCUGCAGACACACCAACAUCGUCUCAGGUGUUCGGGGCUCCUCCCACAGCAACAGGCCCCCCCUCUGCUUCCAGCACACCAAGCCCGUCCCUCGAGCCUGUGCAAAGCCACCUGGAGAUAUCUGACAAAGAAGCUGCAGAAGAGACACAUGAUGACUCAGCGGCUGCUGCCCCUUCUGUGCUUGUUCUACACAAAGACCCCGCUGCUGCUCCAUCACAGCAGAUACCACUGGUUAACCUCACUCCAGUGGUAGAGCAGCCCCAGACAGUGAGUGUGAACCUACAGCAGUCCUCCUCAGCUUCAGCCCCAAGACACUGUGGGCCUUCACCAUGCUGGAAGAGCUCCUCUUCCUCCUCCAGUUGUCCCACUGGAGGCUGGAAUGAAUCGAACAGUCAGCAGCGUCCUCCCUCCUCCUCUUCUUCCUCUUCAUACCCUGCAACUCCUCCGCCUCUCUUUCCCUCCCCCCAUUUUCACACAUUCCUCGCCGCUCAGCAGCCUCUCAACAGUUACCCCCCUGGAUACCCACCUACCACGCCCGUCUGGACACUCCCAACCCCCCAGGGUGCCCCCAUCCCUUCCCUCUGCUCCUCUACCUCCAUCGCCCCCAUCCCUGCCCUCAUACCCAAGGAGUGGUACAGUCAUCAGAGGAAGAAAAAGGAAAGGUCACCUCACGGAGGAUCUACCUACAGACGCUUCUCCUCUCGUUCUCAUUCAAAGUCAUCUAAGUCCAAGUCCUCUUCAAGCAGGUCCAGAUCCCGUUCCCGGUCCAGGUCCCAAGGAAGAUCAAGGCCACAGUCACCUUACUCCCGCCACAGAGACCUUCACACCCGCUCUCUUUCCUCCCGGUCCUAUAGCUAUGGAUACAAACGUUCACGCUCCCCUACACCGUCCUCGUCAUCUUCACCUCGAGUGGGUUACUCGAGGUCCAAGUCGGCGUCAGGUCACCGCAAAAACAGCCAGCACAGUCGGCAUAGCAAUAAGAAACCAGCUUCGAGCAGCUACAGCUCCAGGAGACGAGGAGAGCGCUCCCAGAGGGAGGCGGGAGGCUCAGGGGGGGGUUUAGCUAGUUGCCUGAAUGCUCAACAUGCAAAUCAAACUAGCAGCCUGGAGCUGGACAGAGAGCGCUACCUGCAGUGGAAAAGGGAGUACAAAGAGUGGUGUGAGAAAUAUUUCAGCAGCUAUGUUGGCCUCUUCCACCAGCUGCCUCCUCCCCUCCUCAACCUCCAUCCCUCUCCUCAUCCUCAGUGGGGGUGCAGAGAAGGGAGCAUAAAUCACUCACACACCAACUCUGAAUCUCUAAGUCGACAAGUCAGACGCAACGCCCGCAUGGACGUCCCAUCACCUCCAUCGCAGUCAUCCAGCGACAGCCGCUCCCCUCCAUCUCACUCUUCAAGUGACAGCCACUCCACGCCAUCUCAGUCAUCUAGUGACAGUCGCUCCUCUCCACCUCAUUCGUCCAAUGACAGCCGAUCCCCUCCCUCUCAGUCGUCUAGUGACGGUCGCUCCACUUCAUUUGAAGACAGAGCUCAGCUGAUGGCACAUCAGCAGAGGUGUGCUGAGAAGUACAGCCGCCUGCCAAUCACACUUACAAAGGACAGUAAGGAGGUGGAACUUCAAGAAAGAAGUAAAGACAACAAGCAGCUGAUCACAAGGAAUCUGGAGAAACUCAGCACCUUAAAACAUGAGCAAAAGAGCAUUAAAAAACAUGAGGAAGAAGGAGGAAAGAAGUCUUCAUCCCCUGAUGCUGCAGACUCAAUUGAUGACACUGGACCAAAUGCCUGCAAGGAUGGCACACUGGAACAGGACAAAGCAAAUGCCAGUCUUGCCUUAGAAUCAAUUCAACCACUCGUGAAACCAGAUAAACGUUUUGAUCAAGUCUAUGAAAGAAAAAGCAGAGAACAAAGGAAUUUGGGAAUAGAGAAAGGAUGGAGAAGAGGCCAACAUUCAGAGUCCAGGCAGGAUGAGCAGAGACCGCACAAAGAAAAGCACAGCAAAGGUGGAGACAGGGUGGAUUCAGACAGAUACAGAAACCCUGGAGGCAGCAAAGCUUCUGACUCCAGAUCAGAGAAGAAUAGAAAAAGAAAAGGGGAGGACAUGCAGAGAAGUCCUGUUAAGGCUCAAAGCAGCAAGUGCCUGAAAAGUAAAAUUGCAGAGCACACUGAAACCCACAAGAGUGAACCCCCGAAUCCAUUUGACAGGAAGAAGCCCAAGACGGAGAAAAGGGAGAGGAAGACAUGGCCUCUGACAGACAGAGACAUUUGGGAGGGAGAGAUAAAGGUGAAACCACAGAAGAAGAUAAGCAUCAACAUCAACCUGGAUGGGAAAAGACAGGAAGAGAAAACAGAAAAACAGGACUUGUCUAAUUUAGAGAGCAUCACAGUAAAAACAACGGGAGAAAUUGAGAAGACUAGUUAUAGACAGGAGGAGAAGUCAAAUGGAGGAGAGACAAAAAUUGAAGUAAAUGAAAAGAAUGAAUCCCGCAGAGACCAGGAAGGUGUGACUGAAGAUAACAUAAAACCAGAUGUAGGAAAGACAAGACAGAAAUGGGAGAAAGCUACCUUCAGAGAUGGUAAGGGAGAGGCGUGGGGGAAAAUUGCAGAAGAGAAAAAAGAUGUUAGAGAAAAGAAAGAGGACAUAAAAGAAGAGGACUUUGACUUAAGGCAUUGUGCCUUCAGAGGAGUGGAGGAGGAGAAGGUGAGUAAAAAACAGUGGAAGGAAGGAGUUAGAAUGGAGGGCAGCAAAGGAGAAGAGGUGACAAAUGACGAGGGAGAGAUGGGAGAGUUAGUCACAGGUACCCAGAAGAAGAGGGCAGAGGGAGAGAGCACAUGCACGGAAAACAGAGGAAACCCACCGGGGGAGUCAAAGCCAAAGGAGGAGCUGAUGGAUGGAGUGAAGUGGAGGAUGAAGAAAGAAGAAAACACGCUGAAGUCCAAGUCACAGAGGAGCAGAAACGACAGCUACCAUGUCAGACCAAACCCUACGGUGGACGAUGGCAGCAGCUACGAGUCUCAUCAGGAGUGGAAGACGGUGGUAGCUCUAGAGGAAUACAACCAGGACAGAGCCGUGGAGAAAGAGGACCAGCACCUACUCAUAGAGGUCCCUCGCUCCAAAUGGGAGAAUGAAGAGUCUGAGGGAGAAGAGCAGGAUGAAAGCAAGAUCCAAGUUCAAGCGGAUGCUCUUGCGGUUUUUAUGCCUUCACCAUCCGUGUCUGUGACAGCAGAGACACCAACUGACAGGGAAACAGAGGAAGAGAAUGAACAAAAGAGACAGAGGUCAGUGGAAAUAGAGGGAGAAAGGGCCAGAGCAAUGGAGAGCGCAAGGGACAGUGAGGGAGAAAAAAAUAACAUUUUGUCCUCUUCACACAGAAGUGAGGCUCCCUCUAGUGGCAAAGACAGAACUGACAGGGGUAGGGAGAAAGUGGUGGAGAUGGAGAGACCAAGGCACAGAGAUAGAGGGAGGGAGAGUGAGAGACCUAGGGAUAGGCAGAAAAAGAGCAAAAGGUCAAAAGGGAGAACAAGGGAGGAAGAAAAAGGGAGAGAAAGGGAGAGAGAUGGCCAGCACGGCAACAUUGCCUCAAUCCAAAAUAGGAACCCCUCUUCCUCCCUUCAAUCUUGCGCUUCUUCUGUGUCACAUGACACAGAUAGGAGAGACAGGGGGCGAGAAGGCGACCACAACAGCAUCAUGACUUCCUCCAGUCCUGGGGGGAAAUUUUCCAGUGGCAGAAGCUGGGAAAGCAGCACAAUAAGCAGAGCUAUUGAACUGCCUGAUAAAAAUGCACACAAGACAUAUAAAGACCAUCCCCACUUCUAUCAUAAUCAGCAAGAUCCAUCAGGGAGCUUCAGACACAAGGACAGACCUGUAGGGACCGACCACUCCCCACCUUCCCUCCCCCACAGCCGGGGUAAGGAGAGAAUCCCACUCCCCUGCAAACCCUCUGGUGGGUCAGAGCUUGGUAAGCGAAGCAAAGUGGAUAAAGUAUAUAAAGGAGGCAAAGGGGCGAGAGAAAAUCAAGAGAUGGUGGCUGAGAGAGAAGGAGGUGGUCCAUGCGAGGGUAAGGCUGAUCAGCUUGACGGGCAGACCAAGUGGGAGGGAGCGAGAGAGCUGGAGGAAGGGGAGAGGCCCAGCAGCCGCAGCAACAGCGCCAGUUCAUCGAAAAGCCAGGAGAGCGGCAGGGACGACAGGAGAAAAGAGACGAAAAAGAGACACAAGAAGCACAAAAAGGAGACAAGACCUUCCCUGGAGCUGCUGGAGGAAGGUGAGCUGAAGAAACACAAACACAAGAAGAAGUCAAAGAAAAGCAGGGAUGGAGGAGAAGAGGAGAGUAGCGGGGAGGUGGACGGCGCGGGGAAAAAGGAUGAAGACCACGCUAAGCUCUGCUCACUUAUGUUAUACUGACUGUCGUGGGGAAAACAGUGAAAUUUACUUGAAUGAUGUUUUUCCUUUCUCUGUCCAAAAAGUGCCUGGAUUUAUUUUUUUCUUUAAUUUUUUUUCCCCCCAGGAUACUUUUGGUAUCACCUUAAGAUAUAUAUAAAUAUCAAAUAUGCGUCAUCCAAAAUGAAAGUGAACAAAUGUGAAGGAAAAGCACUUUACGCUAGAUAUAAGAAAAUGAAUGUGAAUGAAAGCAAAUGUGAAACCUUUGACCUCUUGAAUUCAAGGAAUUUGCACAUGUACAAUUUGCUCAGGACUGCCACCAACUAUGGUUUAUGUACUGAACAUGCAAUGUUACAGCUUGCAUGUAGGAAAUCUUACAUUUUGACAAGUGGUCUGUCAGUAAUUUGAUUUGCCUGACUCAGGAGCGCAAGAGUGCAGAUAGAGGAUUAUUAAGAGUUUGUGAUUAAUUUAAAGCUGUGAAUAUUUAUGAUUUGAACCUCUGUUGUAUUUUUCUUUUAACUUUUGUAAAUGUUUGAUUUAAAGACAACUGCCGGAUAGAUAAAUAAUUUAUCAGAGGAAAGUUUAGUUAUGAAGGCAAUAAAAAGAAACAUCCAUG